AUGGCCAUCUUCAUCAAUUCAUUUCAAUCCGACUUCUCUUCUGGCAACAUGAAGAGAAUCACGAGGGCCGCUCGAGCCGCAGAGAUGAACUCUCAGUCGCCAGAUGAUCAGCCAACCCGUCGUCCGCGACGGCAGCUCGUCACAUCCAUCGUUCAGCCUGCAGUUGCACCCACGGAACAAACGCCUCCUCAGCAAGUACCUGCCCGACGAGGCGCACCGUCCACCCCCGAUAUCAAGAUUCGGUUCCUGGACUUUUACCUCCAAGGUUGCAACACACCACAACAAACCUCGGACAAGUUCACUCGCGGGCUUCAGAUGGUAUCAAAUAGCGCGGCGGACAUCACAUCUAUUCUUUCCGACAUCAUCAACCACUGCCAAGACCGAGGGAGGCUUCAUCAACAGGCUACGAGGGAAGCAGGAAGAUUUCAUAGCGACUACUGGGAUGACUAUUUCAUGAUGGUUGCGACUCAAACUCUGUGGCUGACCAACAACUGGGGUGGUCCGGGUUGGCUUCCUGCCGAUGUCCGGGCUGGGCUUGAAAAGUCGUUUGGUACUCCAGUGCCCUCAUGUUACGUGAGAAGCUUGGCUUCAAUCACGCAGGCAGCACAGACCUGCGGAAUCGACCUUGACUCGCUCUGGGCUGACAACGGCGCCCUCAGAACAGCAGUGGGCGAUGGUAGUGAACAAUGUCUCUCCCCCUCACUGGAGCAGAACAUCAUCCUCCAGAUCAAGAGCGAGGAAGCCCGCACAGUCUCGGAGAUUUCUCAUCAAGGACGGCAAAGCUCGACUGCCCUUCAGCUCGAGAGUGGAAACGAAAACGUCAUCAAAGUCGAGAUGAGCGAACCAACACCCAUGCAUACAGAGCCUAGUCAUGAGAAUCCUACUGCGAAUAACAACGAAAACCCUCCAGCGACUGUGGAAAUGCCUACAGCUCACGAGCGAGUUGCACAAACGCAGGCCCAGCCCACUAACGAUGGAGCGCAAUCCACUCCUCCAGUGGCCCGAAAGCGGACUUUCGAGCAGAUGAACAGCACAGCGAACUCGAUGUAUGACAAGUACAAGACACUCAUGACGAGCUUCAAAGCAGAAGGGAUUGCUCAGCUUCGAGCGGAAGCAAUUGAGAAGCUGGAACGAGCGGAGUCUGAAAAAUCGGCCACAGACUACGCUUUGGUAAGCCUUAGAGCCAGACAAGACCAAAUCCAACAAAUCCGCGAACACAGCAAGCGAACGAUCGACACCACAAGCAAUGGACUGAGAGAACAAGCCAAUCACAAUAUGCUGGCGGGAGCGCUGGCGAACAUGGGAGAAGUGUACUUUAACGGCGUGAACAGCUUACUCGACUCUUUCCUCCAGAAGUCUUCUGGCUCUUUGGAUGGACGUACGAUCGAAGAGCUACAGGCACGACAGACCGAAGCGGUCGACGAGGUCGACAAAGCAAAGAAGCGCAUCCGGGCGCUGGACCACAUAGAAAAGGCACGAGCGGUACACGAGAACUACACCGAGAUGAUGGAGUUGCGGCAAACCAUGCGAACUUUCUGGAUGCAGACAGGUGACCGCGUUAAGGGUUUGGAGACGGCGUGCGUCGCUGCGUUCAGUCAUGCCGAGGAGGAAGAUUAG